AUGAUACGAAAAUUUUUGUAUUUUAUUUUUGUUGCGACAGCUGCGUCAAGGGCUCUUGAAGAACAGAACAACGAGUUAUCGCUGGAAUUGCCAACACUGGCUCCAUGGAAUCUUACAACUCCAAAAAAUGUAACCUCCGAAUUAAUUAAUUCGAUUAACGAUGAGGUUAUUCUAAUUAAUUCCAAUAACGAGCCGGUUAGUGAAAAAUCCGAUGAGUACUACUUCUACAAUCAUAUUAAUGUACCAGAUCCAAUAAUUAACACAACAGAGUCAUUAAUUAGCAUUAAUCAGUCAGAUAACGGAAUAAUGGUUAUAAUCGAUUAA